GGCAAUAGUACUUUGUGGCGGGCAAUAUUUGCAGAAUACUAUGAGAUUUUGUGUAACAACCCACAUUUUUUACUAAAAAAUUAUCAUGUCAAAUAGUGAAGUUCAAGAACCUAAGAUGGAUGUCGAAAACAGCCAAUUUUGUGUAAAUAUUUUUUGUGUAAUGCCUAGUAAUUCAACUGAGGCCACCUGUCCAAAAGACUUAUUUCAAGCACAUGAAUGUUGUAAAGAAAAUGGUUUCAAUGUGAAUUGGAUUCAAGAGGAAGCUUGCAUGAAGCUUAAACCUUGCAAGGAAGAUGUCUUUAUCUUGUCUGAAUUUGCUGGACCAUUGUUUGAGUUUCUCAGACACUUCAGAUGUACCAUUAUCGGCCCACAGUGCCUGCUUGUUUCUGUUAAUAAAGGAGAACCACUCCCAGAUGUUCCAACACCUGUUUUCACAGUUGCAAUGAAGGGAAUCAUUGUUACUACAACAGGAUGUAGCCCCCAAGAGAAAAAGGAUAUUCAAGAAAAAGUGCAAUUCAUGGGUGGACUUUACUCAUCAGCAUUUUCUGUAAAUGUAACCCAUCUUAUUGUCAAGAGUGUGGCAGAUUUUAGUCAGAAAUUUAAAGUGGCAAUAACCAAAGAUAUUCCUGUUAUGGUUCCCAAAUGGGUUGAUGCCGUUUGGAAUGCCAGUCUUAAAGAAAGUGUUCAUGGAACUGAUCCCAUGUUUGCUAGAUAUGCUUGCCCUCCAUUCCAGGGAUUGGUCAUAUGUGUGUCCCAAAUUCCAAUCAAGGAUCGGGAAGCCCUUAAGAAGAUUAUCGAAGCAAAUGGCGGGCGAUACUCUGGUCAGCUCGAAAUGGGCAAGACAAAUAUUCUCAUCACCACAUCAGCUGAAGGGGAAAAAUACACCUAUGCCAGACGCUGGAAGAUACGUUGUCUCAAACCAGAGUGGAUUCAUACUUCACUAAACAAAGGCUACGCCGCUGACCCAGACGCAUUCAUUGUUGAAAAGAGUACCCUGCCUCCGAGAUGUUCAACUCCAGAAGCAGAUCAUUCUGUAAUGAAGUUUGGUAAUUCAAGCAUCAACAGCACCAUAUUGAACGAAAGCAGAGUUCAUCACGUCGACGAGACAGUUGGGUCUACGACUUUAAUACUGAAUCAUCAACAAUGCGAUUCUCGAUCAACGGAAGCACUCGAAUCAUUGGAUUUGGCUCUUUCUAAAAAGGCCGGACCAUUUCUGGAUGGAUGUAAAGUUUUUCUUAGUGGCUUUGACGGUUCCCAGAUGGAAAAACUUCGGCGUAUUCUUAACAACGCCGGCGUGGCUCGCUUUAAUAGCAUCAGUGAAUCACUAUCUCACGUUAUUGUCGGAAAAACUGUUGAAGAAGACUGGAAGCAACUUCAACAGCUAAUGCAUAAGCCUCAUAUUGUAACAGUAGAAUGGGUAGUUCAGAGCCUAAGAUUGAAAAGGGCUGCCCCAGAAGCCGCCUAUCUGCAUCCCGAUUUCAAAAAUGUAAUUGCUCCCAAUAAAGAAAACGCGACGAAGAAACCUAUUCGAGAACCGAGCAGUAACUUACAAGAAGAUACACAUAUGGUACAGCAAUACUUGACUACGGAUAAUACAGAAGAAGAACCGUCAUCAUUAAUGGAUCGGCCUCAAGGCAUUUUUUCCGGUCUUACCUUCCAUCUUGUAAAUCUUGACACGGACUAUGUUUCUACCGUGACGGACCUAAUUGUAAGCAACGGUGGGCUUGUCGUAUCGAAGAAUGCCACUUAUGUAGUUACAGAACCAGUCAGCCAUACCAUAAUGCCUUUGGAUCAAGAAGCAAAAGGCACGUUAGUCAAUACUUUGUGGAUCGAAGAAUGUAUCGAUGAAGGCCGCCUAGUGGAUAUCGAAUUCUAUCAUCGUCAUAUUAAAAUACGUGACAGAAAUAUUCUAGCAGGGUACACGGUAUCCUUCAGUGGCAUUCAAGGGCGACUUAGAGAACUACUCGAUGACUUAAUUGGACAACUUGGCGGAAGACCACAAGAGACUUUCUCACGCAAACUGAUGGAGCAAAAGAAUGUGUAUCGUUCUACUCAUCUUGUCUGUGCAAAAACAGAAGGGAGAAAAUACGAAAAGGCUCUUGAAUGGGGUGUCCCGGCUGUUAGUGCCGAAUGGGUUAUUGCCUGCGCUAUUUCUAGCAGUCGCCCUAACGAAGAGGAUUUUCCUCCGGGAGGUGAAGCACCUACAUCGCCAGAAUCGGCUUUUCCAACACCUCAAACAGCAAUUAAACUCUCUGUUUGUCCUACGGAAUCUGUAGUUUUAAAAACUACGAAGCAGAAAUUGGCAGAAAUAUCUAGCAAUCCCACACGUCAUUUACCGACGCAUUUUGAUAUGUCUUCUCCUCGAACUCCAACAGGACCCGCAGUUACUCCUGCUAUGCCUCAGCCACGGGCUGCGUUUGAUUCACCAAUGUGUUUGCAACCAAGUUCAAGUGGUACUAAUACUGUUGGUAGAACACCUCAACCUCGAGCAACUCUAUUUAACAUGCCCACGCCAGAUACACCAUAUGGAAGGCUUUUAAACUCAGACCCGUCACCUGAUACCCGAAAAAUGUGGAAGCAUGCAUUGGAAAACCGGGUUCGCCUGACACCUCGUACAAACGAAUCAUUUACCACAACACCACAGCAAGAGAUUCAACGAGGAGAAAUUGUUGUUGCUUCUGAAGCUUCGGAUUAUUUUGAAAAUUUACGUAAAAAAUUUCGACUUGAUAAUGGAGACGAUGGACAAACAACAUGGGGAUCGGCAAGUCCAGCAGCAGUUCCACCCUUAGAACCACCGAAGCCGCCUUUCGACGGAAUCGUGGUUUUUAUACACAAGAAAAUCGAAGAUCAACGAUCCGAGUUGGUUAGGGCUGUUGAAGCGCUGGGCGGCAGAGUUCGUUUUCAGCACUGCGAAGAAGUAACGCAUUUUGUUUAUCAAGGCAAGUUGGCUGCUUCGAAAGAGGUUAAAAGUGCAAAAGAGUGGCACCAGAAAUUUGUCUCACCGCAAUGGAUUCUCGACUGCGAAGAUGCUACUUGUCGCCUCGAAGAAUCCCAGUACCCACCCUCUUUAAAUCCGAAAAUGGCUUUGUCACUUAAUUUCAAUUCGCAACCUCCUCCACCGGCUAGUUGUUCGCAGAAACGUCGACCUACUGCAAACACUGUCGAAACGGGUACACCGAGAAUCCCGAUUCGUAAACGUUUAAUGUCCGAUACCGAUACUCAUGAAAAUGAUCACCUUGAAGCAGACGAGGACCAGAACCUUCCCGUUCCUGAAGUAGAAGAAGAAGCGUGUAAAGAACUUUUGCAGCUCGACCAAGUCCUAUCACGUUCGGCCGAACAGAUCCCCGCGGUAAAGCUGGCAAACGUAUCGGCGGCUAGAAACGGUCGUGCUCCCGACCGCAUCUUUGUCCCUGCAACUCAGCCUUUGGACAUGGCCCCGGAUUCACAAUCAGCCGCUGUAGUGUGGGACCUUCAUGAGACUCAAAAAGUUACUGGUUCAGAGCCAGCCUCCGUGUACCGAGUCAUGUUCUCUGGAAUGGCUCAAGAUGACCGUGACUGCUGUACAGCCAUCAUUGAAAAUUUAGGUGGAACAGUUCUUGAAGCCAAUCAUUACGAUCCUACAUGUACACACCUCGUCGUCGCCAAAGUUGGAUCAAAUGAAAAACUUUUGACAUCCAUCGCUGCAGGCAAGUGGGUCCUCAAUCCCGAAUGGUUGAGUGAAAGCGAAAAAGAGCAUCGUUUUUUAGAGGAGCAGAAAUAUGAGUGGGGUAAUCCAGAAGCAUCGGCGGUGCAUCCACAGGUUGAAUCAAUUUCUGAAGAUGAAGCCAAAAUCGCAGCAGCCGCAUAUUAUUGGCGUAUUAAUCGUACCCGUGGCCAUUCCGAUGGCCCUUUUCAUGGUAUUACUGCCGUUCUCCACUUACGUGAAAAAAACGCAUCAUUCCAGCGUUUGCUUGAAGCUGGCGGCGGAGAGGUGGUGGAUCCUAUCGCGGCUUUGGAGAACAGCAGGACAAAUCUGUGUAUUUUGGACACCCGGGAGGUAAAAAAAGUACAGUUGGCUACAUAUGCUAGCAAAGGUAUCUAUUGUGUUCCACUGAUCUAUUUGAGAAACCUUGUUCUCGCAAUGGAUAAGAAGUUGAAAUGGAGUAAAUCUGUUUUGCCCGAAUUUCUCCCUUAUCUAGAAAAUAUGCCUUCUUGACUUUCUUUUGUUUAUGAAAACUCAAGGUGAAAUAGUUUUUUUUAAAGAAAAAUGUUAAAUCUAAAGAUUGGUUUGAAAAAUACAAUUGUCUCUAGUUUC